GCUGUCAGACUCAAGCCUAUUAGACAAAAGACCAAAAACGCUGUGGUCAGUAUCCUGGAUUCUGGAGAGGUGUGUAUGGAGCUGCUGAAGGGACAAGGAACUCAGGAGAGAGUCAAAGAAGUACUUAGGAUAUCCCAUGAUGGAUCCAUGGUUACAGUGUACCAGCCCAAUGAAGGGAAAGGCUUCCCUGUGUUAGACCACCCACCCUCACCACCUGAAGACAUUCUCAUCUGCAGCUAUGAGGACUUACCAGAAAAAUACUGGAAGAAAUAUCAGUAUGCCACGAAGUUUGUCCAGUUGGUGAAAUCGAAGACCCCUAAAGUCACGCUAUACACAAAAUUUGCCAAGUGCAUGCUGAUGGAGAACACUCCUAAUGCAGACCUGGAGGUGUGCUUCUAUGAUGGUGCAAAAACCCAUAAGACGAGUGAACAGGUGCGUGUGGUGGAGAAGAACGGGAAAUCGUAUACAGUGAAGGGCGACGUUGGGCUGAGCGGACUGAGUCCUGAGUGUAGACUCUACAUGGAGCUCUCUGAGGAGGGGCAUCGAAUGUGUCUGUCUUUGGAAGCGGCCAUCACUGCUGAGGAGCAGCGAAGCGCUAAGAACACUCCAUUCUUUCCCAUCACUAUCGGCAGGAGACCCACCAAUCCAGCCUUUUCGGCUUCUCAGCCUCAGUGUUCGUCUGAGUCUAGCCCAGCAGCACCUGCAGAGGUGGCUCAGGUGUGCCUCAGUCCGCCCCAGCCACCCCACAUCACACCAUCAAUGAUUUCCUAUGCGGGAUCGGACUUCACCACAGCUAGUGUGGCUAAAGGCAGCUCACCCCACUCAGGCAAAGAUGAACGCACCAUUAACACGGGAAAGGUGCUCAAGUCCAUUUUUGUGCCUAACAUCGGCUGGGCCUCUCAGUUAACUACUGGUGAGGUAUGGGUUCAGUUUAAUGAUGGAUCCCAGCUGAUGGUCCAAGUUGGUGUCUCUUGCAUCAUUUUUACUUCCCCUGAUGGACACAUCACCAGAUAUAAAGAGAAUGAGAAGUUACCAGAGCUGGUCAAAGACAAGCUUCACUGUCUCUCCACCAUCCUGGGCCUCCUCGCCAGCCCUGCUGUCAGACGCUGAUGGGCACUAAACACACAAAUAAACCUGUGCAUCGCUGACGGAAGCACUUGUUUUUUUUUUUUUUGUCAAAUUCUCAUGAAUGUGCUUUGAGUGUUUGUAAAUACAUUUUUAAAGCUUUGUACAUAUAGUCCCAAAGAUUAUGAAAAUUAUAUAUUUUUUAUGUUGUACAUAAUGGGUUUCCUGUUUUUGUCUUGUGUAUUUAGUUUGUGCAUGGUGCCUUUUAUUUUGUGUAUCAGUUCUGCUAAGCGCUUCAAUGAAAUAUUAGCUGUACAAACGUACAAGCAUUAAACAUCUGCUGCCUGGUGUAUUAUUGCUUUUUUGUGUCUUCUGUGUUUAUUUAAAGCACAUGUGGGCAGGAUUUAUCAUACUGUUCAAUACUGUUCAACUGGUUACUGAUAAUGACAAACUGCGAAUUAAAAUAUAAAUGGAUGAAUCCCACAAAAAAAAU